AUGGACGCGAGAGCAGCACCCCGUCAGCCGGAUUUUGAGACUAUUUCCGGCAGCUUUGAUGCCUUGUCGGAACAGUUCGCACUCUGUGGGAAUCUUCCCGCAGUAGAUGGCGGGGCCCGGUUGCAGGAAACUCUGCAGGCUGUGCUGCAACAGCUUGCCACAUUGAACCGUAAGGUCGACGGUUUGGAUCGCAAGGUGGAUGAUCUCGACCGCAAACUUGAUCGCAAGAUCACCGUUUUGGACAAGAAUUUCACGGCGCGCAUGCAGAACAGCAUCGUCGUCCACGAGAGUGUCGGCCUGACGCCUCUCUACAGCGUUCUCACGGGGGAAGUAAUACAGGAUUGUCCAUCGACAUUACAGGAGUUGGAUGCCUUGACCGGUGGAGGAACGGGUCCGUUUCCCGCGCAAGGAUUUUCUCUGGCCGCUGCGCGUACCGAAUCUCGAGAGGAGCCUGACAAGUGUCAGACCACCGAAGCAAUAGUGGACUCGUACGCAUCAGACGCAUCGGAGCAGGGCGAAGAGGAUGGCGUAUCGCGGCAUUCGAGCCAGGUGGCGGAAUCUCCCGUGGAACCCGUACGGCCAGCGUCCCCUGGCAGUAUCACUUCGGACAGCGACCACGAGGUCUCGGCUGACGGGUUGGAUCUUGAGGAGUUGGCUGCGUCCAUGCGGGAAGCCGUCUUAGAAGUUGUAGACAAACGAGUCGUGGCCAUCGUGGAAGGUGCUUUGCAGCCACUACAGAAGAGGCUUUCGGACCUUCACGUCGCUGUGAAGGAAUAUGGAGAUCGAGUCAAUUCAUUGGCCACUCGGAGCAACGAGGGCGGCGGAGAGGCUCGGAAGCUGUCCCGCGACAUUCAGUCGUUGAGUCGGCAGACAGAGAGUGUGGGUCCCUCUGUUGUCAAAAUGCAGGAGGAUCUGCACAGCAUCCUUGCCAAGGUGCGUACUUUGGAGAACCAUCAUGCGGAGACAUCUUCGUUGCUCAAGAAGGUGACGCGAGAGAAAUCCAGCCGGUCUGCAGACGUGGAGCUCCCGGCCACGGUAGCGGUAGCGGUAGUAGCAGACAUCGCCGUGGAGCGGGCUCCAGUCACGGCGGGGAAGAUGCGGCUAGACAGGAGCAGAGGCGGAAGAGAGAAAAAGAGCGGGAUCGCGAGCGUGACGAGCGGUCAAAAGGAAGAAAGACUUCGACCCGCGACAAACACGGCAAGAAGUGUGCUGCCCUAUGACUGCUCAGAGCGGCCACUCUCCAUCCGUGUCCCCAAGUGCCAGGUGGAUGUUCAGAAGGCUCCUCCCAUGUCGCAUUUCCCGUCGGCUCCUCUCGUCACCGGGUUGUGCAUGUACGCCGUAUGA